GUUGCUCUUUUAUUAAAUGAUGCGUAGUUCUGAACUGCUUACCCUAACAGUCUUCUCCCCAGCCAUGUCCUGGUUCCAAUUUGACAACAACCAAUCUUUUGUGGUAGCAAGUUUUCCGAUGAGCCUGUGUGACGCUCUUGCGCCACAGGUUGUUGAACAGCCUUUUGGCAUGCACAUUGUUCCAACCACAUACCACAACACCUGCAACCAAACGACAACAGUGACAUGGACAUGUUGUACCCAGUCAAGUUAAGAAUGCAAGGCGUUCUCAGUAACUUUAACUUGGCCUCAUUAGGCACAUGGAAUGGCAUCCCGCUCCAAGCAUCUUCAGCUUGCCAAACACUGACACUAACUUCUGGUCCUUUCCAUGACCAAUGGCAACCUAUUCUGUCUGCAAUCUGUAAUAUCUGCCAACUGAUCCACGUAAGCUUGGGUGAAAAUAGCUAUGAAGAGCCUCCUAUCCUUUCUAUGCAUAACUUGUACAUGUAGCGACACAUCUUUACAAAGAUUAUGGCUUGUAAUGCAAAUGUGCCAUCUGUGCUUAUGUCCAGUGAUGAUCCAGAAGCCAAAGCAAAUGCUAUCAAGGACAAGUGGUGUGUGGUUCAGAAGUUACCCCUUGCCUGGUUGCAACCAAAUGGCACAAACAUACCCUGUGCACAUACAGUUUUUCAAACUGGAGAUUUUGUAGAUGUUGGAGCUUCAAUAAAUAUUAGCAUGUUUCGUGUUUGUGGACA